CUCCUUCACUUUUCGUCCAUUUUCAUGCCCACUUUUAUCAGGAAAGGCCUUCCCAAAUCAAUCUACCUAUAUCCCAACAAAACCAGCCUCUUCGAAAUAACCCAUAACUUCUCUCCAAAUUAACCUUAUUUGAUUUGAUAAAUUUUAUUUCUUUUUUUUUUUUUAUCCGAUACCUGUGUACUGUUAAUGUUAAUGAAUUCAUAAUUCCAAAAAUAACCUUACACAUUAAAUUUAAUAGGGGGGGUUUGGCCUUUCCUUCUUGUUCUUGUUCUUUUUAAAGGGAAUACAGCAAUGAACUUGCUUGACUCAGCAAUUUUUAAGAGGGGGCAGUCUAAAACGGAGAAAAAGGGCAAAGGGUCAAAGUCCUUGAUGGUGGAGGCUUCUCAAAACGCGUCUGAAUUUUGGAUUUUGGCCUAGCUGGCUUGUAAUUCCAAGGCACCGGAGAAAGGACGUAGAAUGAUCUUUUAAGAGGGAACAACUAGAGAGAGAGAGAGAGAGAGAAUUUGAAAAAAAAAGAAAAAGAAAAGGGGACAUGGGAGACGUUGUUCUGUUCGUGGAGGAUUUGAAAUCGGCUCCUGCAAUCUCUCUGUGUAGAAUUUGCCACGAGGAAGAGUUCGAGAGUUGCAAGAGCUUGGAAGCUCCUUGCGCCUGUUCUGGAACUGUCAAGUUUGCUCACAGAGAUUGCAUACAAAGGUGGUGCAACGAAAAGGGCAACACGACUUGCGAGAUUUGUCUUCAGAAAUUUGAACCGGGCUACACUUCUCCUCCCCAAAAGCCCCAGCUUGUUGAUUCAGUUGUUACCAUCAGAGGAAGCUUGGAGGUUCCAAGGAGAGAGCGAGAGCUACAAAGUCCAAGAUUGGUAGCCAUAGCAGAAGGAGAAGUGCUUGAAAGCAACUUCCCAGAAUGUUCGUCGGCGUCUGAUCGGAGUGCCUCUUGCUGCAGAUCAAUGGCUCUCAUUUUUACAGCUCUGCUGCUAAUCAAACACCUAGUUGCGGCGCUUUAUUUUGGCGGCAUUCAUGAUUACCCCUUCUCACUCGCUACUUUGCUUCUUGUGAAGGCCAGCGGAAUUGUUCUCCCAAUGUACAUAGUCAUUCGGAUAAUCACGGCCAUCCAACGCAGUAUCAGGCGUCAACAUCAGGCGCAUUAUGAUGAGACGUCAAACUCAGAUGAUUGGGACAGCGAGGAGGAUGAGCAUCACAUUCACAGUGUCCAAACACACCCAUAAAAACACCCCCCCCCCCCCCACCCCCCACCCCCCCAAACAUUUUUACUUCCCACUAUGUAUUUGUACGUUACAAAUGAAAAUAUUAGAGAAAGUUUAUUCUUUCA